AUGUUUUCAAUUCUGACAUCUCACAGGCACCUCAUGGAGACCACAGGCUUCACUGAAACCCAAUUGACGGUCCGGGAAGCCGUUUCACAAGUUUGCUCUCAGUUCCCCAACACCUACUGGCAGGAACGUGACCAAACGGAGCAAGAUCCUAAAGAAUUCCAUGCUGCCCUAGCACAGGACGGGUGGCUUGGCGUAGCACUCCCGGAGGCGCUUGGCGGAUCAGGAUUGGGGAUCUCGGAGGCGACGCUCAUGAUGCAAACCAUCGCCGAGAGUGGUGCAGGCAUGGCCGGCGCACAAGCCAUUCACGCCAAUGUCUACGCAACGCAGCCGUUGGCGAAGUUUGGUACCAAGAGUCAAGUGGAGGGUACAAUACCCAACAUCAUAUCGGGUGAAUGGCGCGUUUGUUUUGGAGUGACGGAACCGAAUGCCGGCCUGGACACGUUGCGGUUAUCCACCACGGCAACCAAACUGACCGAUGGCUCCUAUCGCAUCGACGGGCAAAAGAUCUGGAUCACAUGUGCUCAGGUGGCUUCGAAAAUGAUUCUUUUGGCAAGAACCACCCCACUAAACGAGGUCAAGAAACCCAGUGAGGGACUAUCUCUGUUCUGUAUCGAUCUGGACCGCGAUCAGCCGGGCCUAGACAUGCGCAAGAUUAAGAAGCUUGGGGGAAGAGCCGUCGAUGCGAACGAGGUGUUCUUCGAGAACUACGUUGUUCCCGAGAAUGCGCUGAUCGGGCAAGAGGGGCAGGGUUUCAAAGUUAUUCUACACGGGAUGAAUGCAGAACGAUGCCUUCUCGCUGGCGAGGCGCUUGGUCUUGGCUACGCAGCGAUCAACAAAGCUGCUCAAUAUGCUCGCGAACGCGUCGUCUUCCGACGCCCCAUCGGGCAGAACCAGGGCAUUGCACACCCGUUGGCCGACGCAUACAUGAAACUCGAGGCCGCCAAGCACGCGACUUACCACGCCGCCAGACUCUACGACGAGAGCGGGAAGCAGUUGGAUGGCCAUGGCAGCGGCAUAACUCAAGAGUCGGUGGGCGUGGCGUGCAAUUCCGCCAAAUAUAUGGCGGCUGAAGCCGCAUUCAAUGCCUGCGAGAACGCAGUUCUCACGCAUGGGGGAAUGGGAUAUGCAGCAGAAUAUGAUGUCGAACGGUGGUUCAGGGAGAGCCUCGUUCCGCGAAUCGCGCCGGUGAGCCGCGAGAUGAUCCUCAACUAUAUCAGUGAGAAGGUGUUGCGGUUGCCGCGGAGUUAUUAG